GACCCGGGAGGGCGUGGGGGAGAAGGGCUUGUCCUGGAGGCUCCCCAGGGCGGUGGGGUCAGUCCUGGGGCUGGUCUGGGGCUGGAGGGCAGACCAGGCACAGGGCUGGGUCCCGAGGCCUGGGGGCCUGGGGGACCCAUCCCUGGGGUCCACUCGAGCCUGGGGUGAGCUGGGGCACCAAGGGGCCCACUGAGGAGGCUGGGACCCGGAAAGAUGGGGAGGUCUGAGGGGGAGCUGUGCCUCCAAGUGCAAGUUUCCCAGGACAUGGAGAAGGAGAGAGAGACCCUGCAGGCCUGGAAGGAGCGUGUGGGGCACGAGCUGGACGUCGUGGUGGCUUUCUGGUUGGAGCACUCCCACGACCAGGAGCACGGGGGCUUCUUCACGUGCCUUGGCCGUGACGGGCAGGUGUAUGACGACCUCAAGUAUGUCUGGCUGCAGGGGAGGCAGGUGUGGAUGUAUUGUCGCCUGUACCGCAAGCUUGAGCGCUUCCGCCGCCCUGAGCUUCUGAAUGCAGCUAAAGCAGGUGGCGAAUUUUUGCUGCGUUAUGCUCGAGUGGCACCUCCUGCAAAGAAGUGUGCCUUUGUGCUGACGAGGGACGGCCGCCCGGUCAAGGUGCAGCGGACCAUCUUCAGCGAGUGUUUCUACACCAUGGCCAUGAAUGAGCUGUGGAGGGUGACAGGGGACGCGCAGUACCAGAGCGAAGCGGUGGAGAUGAUGGAUCAGAUCGUGCACUGGGUGCGGGAGGACCCCUCUGGGCUGGGCCGGCCCCAGCUCCCUGGUGCCCCGGCCUCGGAGUCCAUGGCGGUGCCCAUGAUGCUGCUCAGCCUGGUGGAGCAGCUCGGGGAGGCCGACGAGGAGCUGGCGGGCAGCUACGCGGAGCUGGGGGACUGGUGCGCUCGGAGGAUUCUGCGGCACGUCCAGAGGGGUGGGCAGGCUGUGCUGGAGAAUGUGUCAGAGGAUGGCGAGGGGCUUUCUGGCUGCUUGGGGAGACACCAGAACCCAGGCCAUGCGCUGGAAGCUGGCUGGUUCCUGCUCCGUCAUACCAUCCGGAGAGGUGACCCCAAACUUCGAGACCACGUUAUCGACAAGUUCCUAUUGUUGCCUUUCCGCUCUGGAUGGGAUCCUGACCAUGGAGGUCUCUUCUACUUCCAGGAUGCUGAUGGCCUAUGCCCCACCCAGCUGGAGUGGGCCAUGAAGCUCUGGUGGCCGCACAGCGAAGCCAUGAUCGCCUUCCUCAUGGGCUACAGUGAGAGCGGGGACUCCGCCUUGCUGGACAUCUUCUACCAGGUGGCCGAGUACACUUUCCGCCAGUUUCGCGAUCCCGAAUACGGGGAAUGGUUUGGCUACCUGAACCGAGAAGGGAAGGUCGCCCUCACCAUCAAGGGGGGUCCUUUCAAAGGCUGCUUCCACGUGCCGCGGUGCCUCGCCAUGUGCGAGGAGAUGCUGAGUGACCUGCUGAGCCGCCUCGCCCCGGCCUCGGCCCCGGUCCCGGCCCUCAGCGUCCGGUCUCCGCCCGCCGACCCCGCCCGCCGAGGCGCAGAAUAAAGCCAAGCCUGCUCCACUGCC